GUGUCAAAAAAAAUCCCCGUCAGCAUGACAAAUGUCAAAAUUCUGGGAGUUAAACUCCCAAAUAUAAUAUAUAAAGGAUAUAUAUAUAGGCAAGAGAUGUAUGUGCAUCAUAUAUCUGAAUUGAUUAAGCUCAUAUAGCUUCUUUAUACUGGGGUACUUAUAAAAAGAUUAACCCAUUAAUUAGAAAAAAAAAACAGAGAAUGGCAGGAAAUGGAGAAGCAGCAGCAGGUAGACACCAAGAAGUUGGACACAAGAGCCUCUUGCAAAGUGAUGCUCUUUACCAGUAUAUUCUUGAAACGAGUGUGUACCCAAGAGAGCCUGAAGCAAUGAAAGAGCUCCGGGAGAUAACAGCAAACCACCCUUGGAACAUUAUGACGACAUCUGCUGAUGAAGGCCAGUUUUUAAACAUGCUUCUAAAGCUCAUCAAUGCCAAGAACACCAUGGAGAUCGGCGUUUACACCGGUUACUCUCUCCUCGCCACCGCCCUCGCCCUCCCCCGCGAUGGCAAGAUUUUGGCUAUGGAUAUCAAUCGCGAAAACUAUGAAUUGGGUCUCCCCGUGAUCGAGAAGGCGGGUGUGGCUCACAAGAUUCAGUUCAAGGAAGGCCCUGCCCUCCCUGCUCUUGACCAAAUGAUUGAGGAGGGGAAUAGGCAUGGGACAUUUGAUUUUAUCUUCGUAGACGCGGACAAGGACAACUAUUUGAACUAUCACAAGAGGCUGAUCGACUUGGUUAAGGUUGGGGGAGUGAUCGGCUACGACAACACACUGUGGAACGGGUCGGUGGUGGCGCCGCCGGACGCGCCGCUGCGGAAGUAUGUCAGGUACUACAGAGAUUUCGUGUUGGAGUUCAACAAGGCCCUGGCUUCCGACCGCAGGGUUGAGAUUUGCCAGCUCCCCGUCGGCGAUGGAAUCACCCUUUGCCGCCGCGUCUGCUAAAAUUUCGGUGUUGAGUUCGCCGGCGUUACACUCGCAUGUAUUGUUGUUGCAGACAUUUUAUACAACUUUGUUGGCAUUUUUCAUUGUUCCGGAAUGUCUAUUGUACCUAAUAAAUACUCCCUACUUCCUAUAAUGUUCUUCCCGGUUCUGUUUACGAAGUUUGACCAACUUUAUUUUUAAUUCAAUUUAUUUGAUUGUAGGUGUAAAAUUAAAAAAAUAAAAUUUAUAUAUUUAAAAACUACAUCAAAAGUUUUACAAAACAAGUGGUGACAAAACUAUAUUAUUUUAUCAAAUACCUAAUGAAAAUAGGUAAAGAAA